UGCUCGAUUUGAUUCGGUCUUGUGCAUUUUGAUCUCUGUUGAGAGGAACUUCGUGUGAGAGAACGAGUUUUUUUCCCUGUGAACAAGAGAACACAGUGUUCGCGAACCUUAGGGCGCACGUCACGGCAAAAGUUUACGAUUCUCGUGUUGUGUGAACCGUUUUUUCUUUAUCCCCGCGGGGCAAGGCAGACUCGAUCGGUUCAAAGAUGAGCACGCCGGUGAAGAAAGUGCCUAUCCACCUGCAGAGCUCGCAGAACAGGCUGCUGAUCAAGAAUGGAAAGGUCGUGAACGACGACGGCAUCGUGGCCACCGACGUUUACAUCGAGGACGGUAUCAUCAAGGAAAUGGGACGGAUUAUGGUAAUACCGGGCGGGACAAGGAUCAUCGAUGCGCGUGGAAAGUACGUGAUGCCCGGUGGCAUAGAUCCGCACACCCAUUUCGAAUUGGAGUUGAUGGGAGCGAAGUCGGUCGACGAUUUCUACCAGGGCACGAAAGCGGCUGUGGCCGGCGGCACGACCACCAUUAUCGACUUCGUGAUUCCCCAGAAAGACGAGUCCCUUCUGGAGGCGUACGAGAGGUACAGAGAGGUCGCCGAUCAGAAGGUCUGCUGUGAUUACGCGCUUCACGUCGCCGUCACCUCGUGGAGCCCGAAAGUGAAACAAGACAUGGCGACAUUAACGUUGUCGCAUGGCAUCAGUAGCUUUAAGAUGUUCAUGGCGUACGCGGGCAUGUUCAUGUUGAGGGACCCUGAAUUGAUCGAAGCGUUCAAAGUAUGCAAGCUUCUCGGGGCGAUCGCCAUGGUUCAUGCGGAAAAUGGUGAUAUCAUUACCGAGAACACGAAACGAUUACUCGAUGCAGGAGUUACGGGGCCAGAGGGUCACGAAAUGUCACGCCCUGAGGAAGUGGAGGCUGAAGCUGUGAACAGAGCGUGUGUUAUAGCUAGCCAGGUGAAUAGCCCGCUAUACGUAACGGCGGUGACGAGCAAGUCCGCCGCCGCCGUUGUGUCGGAGAAACGGGACCAGGGUGUCGUUCUGUUCGGGGAGACACUAGCAAGCGCCCUCGGUGUCGACGGUAUCGAACAGUACGGGAAAGAUGUCGAAUUAGCGAGACGUUACAUUACUAGCCCGCCGUUGAGACCCGAUUCCACGACACCUGUUUACCUAAUCAAACACCUAGCUGGAGAUAGCCUCCAGGUGACCGGUAGCGACAACUGCACGUUCAACGCCGAACAGAAGGCACUCGGUAAGGACGACUUCACCAAGAUCCCGAACGGCGUAAAUGGCGUCGAAGAUAGGAUGGCGAUCGUUUGGGAGAAAGGCGUUCAUGCUGAGAUAAUGGACCCGACCAGGUUCGUCGCGGUGACGAGCACGAACGCCGCGAGGAUUUUCAACUUGUACCCGCGGAAGGGGGUGAUAGCAGUCGGCUCAGACGCUGAUAUAGUCGUAUGGGACCCCAACAGGAAGCGUACGAUUUCCGCCGAGACCCACGUGCAGGCCGUUGACUUCAACAUCUUCGAGGGUAUGGAGGUCCAUGGAGUACCGGAGUACGUGGUAGUGAAGGGUCGUGUCUGCGUGGACGAGUGCGAAGUGAAGGUUGUCCACGGGUUCGGAAAUUUCAUCGAGACACCGACCCACGCUAGUUGUGUAUAUGACAUGAUAGAAGACAGGGAGAAGAGACCGCGCGGUGUGGCGAGGAGCGAGGUCGAGGCAAAGCAGUACGCCGAGGAGGACGCCAUCCUGAACGCCUUGAAAGAGGCUAGAGCUGCGGCGGCAGCAGCCUUCGCCAAGGCCCCUCAACAAAACGACAUUCACGAGAGCCCGAAACCGAAAACAAUCAUACCCGAUUGCGUGCCGACCUUACCGGAGUCCGCUGUGGUUACGCCAUCCUCGAAAGGCCCACGAAUGGAAGGACAGAGAAAUUUGCAGGAUUCCACUUUCUCCAUCAGCGAGGACGUCGAGGAAGCGAGAAGAGCCUGCAUCCGCGUGAACAAUCCACCGGGCGGCCGCAGUGCGGGAGGUUUUUGGUAAUUUAUGAAAGAAAAAGAGUCAAGGUCCGCUUUGCAUAUAGGGAUUUUUUAUUACGAACAAAAUAAGGAAAUCUCACCCACUCCUUCGUCACCCUCCUUAUCAUUCACGUGCACACACUCGUCAUCUGCCCCUCCACCUACGUAACUAUCUCUCGUUUCACGUUCGAGUAUCGCGUCAGAUUCGCUUUCAGGUUCGCUACUUUGUCACCAAACAAAAAAUAUUAACACUUAAGUUCAGUCGUUUCCGUUGCUUCGUCACAAUUCACGUAAUGUGUAUUCCCUCCCAUCGAUCAAGGUCUGUUCCAUUAAAGGAGGAUUCGGACACCACCGGUC